AUGGAGCUGGAGGGGAUCGUCAGUGCGGCCCUCGUUGCCUUUGUCCAGGCGCACCUCCCAGAGGCUGACCUCAGCGGCCUGGAUGAGGUCAUCUUCUCCUAUGUGCUCGGGGUCCUGGAGGACUUGGGCCCCUCAGGUCCAUCAGAGGAGAACUUCGAUAUGGAGGCUUUCACUGAGAUGAUGGAGGCCUAUGUGCCUGGCUUCGCCCAUAUCCCAAGGGGUACGAUAGGGGACAUGAUGCAGAAGCUCUCAGUGCAGUUAAGUGGUGCCAGGAACAAAGAGAACCUGCAACCACAGAGUUCUGAGGUCCAAGGUCACGUGCCCAUCUCCCCAGAGCCCCUGCAGCGGCCUGAAAAGCUCAAAGAAGAGACUAGGGCUUCUCCUGCUGCUGGGGAUACUCAAGAUGAGGCAGCCAGUGCUGAGGAAGAGCUGCUGUCAGGGGUGGAUGUACUCCUGGAGGUGUUCCCUGCCUGUUCAAUGGAGCAGGCCCAGUGGGUGCUGGCCAAAGCUCGGGGGGACUUGGAAGAAGCCGUGCAGAUGCUGGUAGAGGGGAAGGAGGAGCCUCCAGCCUGGGAUGGCCCCAACCAGGACCUAUCCAGGCGCCUCAGAGGCCCCCAAAAGGAUGACCUGAAGUCCUUCAUCCUGCAGAAGUACAUGAUGGUGGACAGUGCAGAGGAUCAGAAGAUUCACCGGCCCAUGGCUCCCAAGGAGGCCCCCAAAAAGUUGAUCCGAUACAUCGACAACCAGGUGGUGAGCACCAAGGGGGAGCGAUUCAAAGAUGUGCGGAACCCUGAGGCCGAGGAGAUGAAGGCCACCUACAUCAACCUCAAGCCGGCCAGAAAAUACCGCUUCCACUGA